AUGCGCGACUGGGACUCUGUGUGCACGGGCUGCAUCCGUCGCGGCGCCCUCAGCAAACAAGGCGCCGAACGCAAGGGUGACAAGCUCAUGUACUACAAGCCGAACGCAUACGACAAGCCGGCUGGCAUCAUCGAUCUCUCGAGAUGCAGCAAGGUCAGCUUGGUGGAUCGCGAAGUGACCGAGCACGCGUUCAGCUUUGCCAUCGUCACAGAGUCGCGCACAUACUACCUCUUUGCGCAAGACGAGCCCGAGCUGCAGGCGUGGGUGAAUGAGCUCACGGUCGCCGCGCGCAAGUCCUCCAAGAUGUACUCGAGCGCCGAUUUCACGCCUGCAGACGCAGGCGCUGGCAAGCCAAAGCAUGCCUCGGCUCCAGUGCUUCCUCGUCUUGGGCUUCUCGGCAGCAACCAGAGCGGCGGCGGCGGCGGCGGCGGCGCAUCGAAGGGCCCUCAUACGAGCGUCGUGACUCGCUCGCAGCAAAGCCCCCAGCCCAACUCGCCACUUGGCACCAGCCCGCUCAGUAGUAAUGGAUUUGGCGGCGGCUCGGAUGGCGGCACGAGUCCGUUCUCUGCCUACCACGUUUACGAAUCACCCAGCAGUCUACGCAAGCCAGCCGAAGGCCAAUCCAAUGGACAAGCGCCCGCCUCUAUUCCGAGCAAUGACAGUACGUACUCUGUGGUGGGCAGGGUUCAAUCGCAUUACUCGGCCAUCCAUGUCCUCCCGUCUGGGGACGAGUACCACACCCCGACUCCAGCAGCACUGUACUCUACGCCUCAACAACAACAACAGCAGCAACAACAACAGUCGAAUCCGGCGAGUGAUACGUCGAUGCAGCCGGUGUUGAACAUUCAGCAACUUUUGCAGCAGCAGCAGCAAAGCGCUCCGCACUCGCCGCAAGAACGCCCGCUGUCGCCGUCGAAAGGCCUAUUUGGUGCGGUGGAUACGCCAGCGUCUCCCUCGCUCAAAGCUGCACCGCUAGAUGACGGCGACCAUGCGGCAACGCUCUUCCGCGGAAACUCUGUGGCGUCCAAGAUGAUGACCACCUUUGGCAAGCUGAUUGCCGGUCAGUAUCUUGUGCGCACCCUGCAGGAUGUCAUCAUGGACAUCAUGUCUGGCAAGUUGCCAAUGGAAGUCGAUCCGUCCAAGCUCGGCAUGUUAACCGAUGAGGGCCCCGGUAGCCCCGAGGAUUUUCGCUCGGGAGCGAGCUCACCCGUGUAUGCCGAGUCGGAGUCGAGCGGCGGGGCGUCGGCCACUUGGGCUUCGCGCCUGACGCCUGUCCAAGUCGCCACUUUGGCAGAAAACUGCGCCAACUUGUCGGACGCGUGCGAAAAAAUCCUGUUUGCCAUUGUGAACUCGAUCAGCGAUGCGCCGUCCGACUUGCGCUUGUUGUGCUUUGCGUUGAAGGAGGAAAUUUCCGAAAUCUACCCGCAGUUGGGCGUCAAGAUGGUCGGAUCCUUCCUCUUUUUGCGCCUCAUCAAUCCCGCGAUCGCCAUGCCGACUCAGUUUGGCGUGAUUGAUGCAGAUGUCACCAUCUCUCCUGCCACGCGGCGCGCGCUCUUGCUGUGCACCAAAAUCCUCAUCAACCUGGUCAACGGAGUCGAGUUCGGCCACAAGGAGCCCUUCAUGAUUCCGUUCAAUCAGUUCAUUUCUGCCAAUGCUGUGCGGCUGGAGGAGUUUAUCACGAGCUUUGCGACUGCACCGGCUUCGUUUGUGUCAGAGCGCGCUCCAACCAAUGGCGUCGCAGGAGCAGCCUCCAACGCGGGCGAGUCCUCCGAGCGCAAUCCGCUUUCCGAACUGGAAAUUGGGCUCAAGACGUUGUCCGACACGGUUGAGAAGCUCAUCUAUCAGUCCGAAGACGAGGAGCCAUCGGACGAAAUGGACGCCAUCAAGACUGCCCUCAACCUGUACGACGAGGGUGAGCGCUCUGCGCUGCUGACCAUGCUCGUCGAUGAUUUGGAUAUUGUCGCCGAACUGUUUAUCGUGACGCCGCUGGCCAAGGUCGACCAGCUCGUGUCCUCGUUAGUGCACGUCUUCCAUCACCAGCGUGAAGCGCAACGAUUGCUGCGGUACUCGAUCUCGCGCGAGCUCAAUCGCGACCCGCUCACCUUCGCCACAGAGGGAGCGACCACGUCCAACCUUGGAUUUGGAGGCACAAUCAAGCAAGGCUGGUUGCUCAAGGCCAAUCCCAAGAAGGAUGUCCCGCUUAUGCGCAAGAAACGCUGGUUUGUGCUCAAAGAGCGCGGCCAGCUGUUGUACUACAAGUCCGUCGCGGCCGACGUGCCUCUCGGACAGGUGGAUGUUAACAGCCAGUGCCUCAUCGACCAGGAGACCCCCGAGCUGACCAGGCAGCACGGAUUCCAACUGAUCAACCGCACCCGCACGUUCCGGCUGUUUGCAAAGUCGGUGGAGGAGCGGGAAGAGUGGAUUCAAGCCCUGACCGCCGUCCGCUCAAGCUCUGGUAGCAAACAACGCGAACCUUCGCGUGUGCGUCCAACCACCUCUGCGGCCCCUCAUACCAAGCGUUUGAGUGCCGACGGCAACGGAACACCAGGCAAAUUGUCGAACGGCAGUGCCGGAUUGCUGUCGCAGCUGACGUCUGGCAAAAUGUCCCAGUCGUUCACGGCAGGCGUGAUCAACAAGCCCAUUCCGAACAAGCCCUUCAAUGGAGGUACAGUUCGCCUGCCCGUUCAAGCAGAAGACGAAGAGGUCGAUUCGAUGGAUGUCAUUCAAAGCUAUUCAUCUCCACGGCGAGUAUCAAACUCUGGGCUUCCCUUUGCGCCACACUCGCCGCUGCACAAGCUUGCCGCUGGCCCUCCCCCGCCUUUGCCCGAAAGCUCUCUUCGACCGCCUUCCGUCAGCACCAUGCCCCCAACGAACGCGGAAACCACAAACGGCCACGGCGGCGAUAGUGUCGCAAACGAAAUUCGCGUCUCUCUCGGCUUCCUCGACAACGCCAUGCAGUGGUCACUGUCCUCGGGUAGUGGUGACGACCCUGCUCCGCCAGUUGCAGCUCCCGCGGCAGUUGCAGCUCCCGCAGUCGCCCAAGCUGCCCCCACGCUCACCCCCACCAACUUCUUGUCGGCCCAGUCCAGCAUCGACGACGUCUUGUCCAUGCUGCAAACUGAAAAUGAAAAGCACAAGCAGCAACAACCGCCAGCCAAGCGUGCAAGUGUUAGUUUGGACGACCAGCUCCGCGAUCUUGACUUGUUGACCAAAGCCGCACCCCCGAUCGCCCCUCUUUCUCUUAGCGCCGUUGCCGAUCUGCCAGUUUGCGGCAAGUGCACCCAGCAAAUCUUGCCCACCGACUUGUCCUUGACGGCGCUCGACAAGACUUGGCACGCGCACCAUUUCACAUGCGCGGAAUGCGAUAAACAGUUGGUGGCAAAUUAUUUCCCCAAAGACGGCCGUGCCUACUGCCCUGAGGACUACAACCGGCUAUUUGCCGUCGUGUGUCAUGGUUGCAACAAGCUGGUUGAGGGCAGCAUCGUUUCUGCCGGAUCAUUCCAGUGGCAUCCCGAGUGCUUUGUUUGCGCUCAAUGCAGUAGUCCGCUGUCAGUGUUCCGCACAGUCAAUGGCAAAUUCCUGUGUCCAAUGGGCUCGUGCAAAUCAGGCGAGCUGGAUCUCUGCGACGGCUGUGGCAAGUCUUUGGUUGGAGGGUGUCUCGAGGUUUUGAGCAAAAAGCUGCAUCUCGAGUGUUUCAAGUGCAAGGUUUGCCAACAAUCCCUCCAAGGCCAGAAAUUCUUCGACCAAGGCGGCUUCCCGGUCUGCGAUCGGGACUUCAGGAUUUCUCAAGGCCACGUCUGCUACAAGUGCAAGGAUGCACUGGACGACGAUGCAGUUAUGGCACUCAAUCAAAAGUUCCACAAACGCUGCUUUGUCUGUGCCUUCCCGAACUGCGACCUCCAACUGUCCACAAUCCGGUUCUUUGUGGUGAAGGACCAACCGUAUUGUCAGCAGCACAGCCAGCAGGCCAUGCAACAAAGCUAG